GAUACCGUCAAGGACAAAGUUGUCAAUGGUGCAUCGCAUUGUUUCCCCCUUGUCGAGCGUAUGACUCGCAGAUCAGACGAGUCGCUCGGUCCCGGCCAAGCCUUUUUAGGCACCGAGGGGAGGUGAGGUGGACGGGGUCCCAAAAAGUGGACAGGCAUCUUCAUCGAAUCAUUUCCACAACACGGAAAUACAACAGAAGGACACUGCUGCUCGUAGAGUCGAAUCAUCAUGGCAUCCCGGCACAGGGAUCUCUCGACCUCCGAUCAUCUGGCAGUGUCGAUCAACUCGCCCACGGGACCGGCCGAAGACGACGCGAUGUGGGCUCGAGAGACUAGAUCACAGGCGAUCAAGCUGGCCCUGGCCGGAUACAAGACCCUAAAAGAUAGUCGUUCGGGGGUCAUCUUCCUCAAGGGAGGUCUAGCUAUCAGCCAGAUCACUUGUCUCUUAGUCCUCCUCAUUCUCGCUCGACAUCGAACAUCACCGACAACUCCCGGGAUCAGCCAAUCAUCCGUUCCAUCCGAAUCAUGCGGGAAACCACUGGAGAAAUGGAUCAUUGCGUCUAUCGUGCGGCUGGCUGUCUGCUGGAGCGUCAGUAUCUGGGUCGUCUUCCGCAGAAGAGAAGACGGCGAGGAGGAAGAGGCGGCAGAGGAAGAAACGCUGGAGGCAGGGAGGUUGGCACCUGGUCGGCCGAGUAUCGAAGUAGAUGGGAGACAACCUUCUUCGACGACUGUUCUACCGACGCUAUACAAGGACUCUCAGGAAUUGGGGUCCAGAGAGGGACGCAGUGUUGGGAAUGCCGAGGGAAAGACUAUGUAUGGUAAAGAAGAUAAGGAGGAUCACCGGCCACAGUCGGAAAGGGUGGAUGAAUAUCCCGAGACAUUUUCUUCAAGACUUGCCAGAGGGAUGGAUUGGAUCGCUCCCAAGAUCUCCUUAUCCCUCGGCCUACUCUCCCUAGCCUUGUUCAUCUACGGCAACAUCCUCCUCUUUACCUCCCUCGACACGUGUCGUCGGUCCGCCCCUUUGUUAUGGUGGGCCGUCAUGGUCGUCAUCGGCGUGGGGUGGUUCCUGUUGUUAGAGGUCGUCCUCGUGAUCCUCGUCGUAGGGGUCGUUGGACCGGGUAUCUUGGUCUUGUUGAGGAGGUUUGGGCUAGUAGCACCUCUGCCUGAACCGGCUCUCCCUUUCCCUCUCCCACCGAAACCUAUGGAUGCGACGCUCGUACAGGGGCUGUCGAAGGUCACAUACCUUCCUGCAUCAACAGUAGCGGAAGAACCUGAAGUCGACACUUCCGACUCCAACGAUUUAGUCGAGAAGGAUAGGGAACCUCUGAAGAACGGUUUCAGAUGGCAGAAUCGCAAAACCAAACAGACAAUACAACCACGUGUGCCUCAACCUCGGGUUCAGCCGACAAGGAUGGAAGGGUACACACUGCCCGUCAUCAGACUUCAAAAGGAACUGGCCAGCUGUUCCAUCUGUCUAGCCGAGUUCGUCGAAGCUGUCAGGACAGACGCACCGGCGGCGGGAGAGACGGAGGAUGAGCAUGCACUGCGGUUAUUGGGCUGCGGGCAUGUUUUCCAUGUGGAGUGCAUCGAUCAAUGGCUCAUAACUGCCUCGGGAAGGUGUCCGGUCUGCAGCGCUCCUGUCGUAUUGCCAGACGCGAAGCAGCAGACGUAACGAACCGUAUGAGAUCACGAACGACGGAUUUGCUAUCACGGAUUUUGGGAACCAGAUGUCAAGAGGGAUACCGACCGUUAUGAGACACGAUUUGUAAUAUCGCGUUGUAAAUAGCCAUGAUAGGCAUCGGAUAGCUUAAAGCUAGUAUUAUACGUGUAAUGGAACAUCUUGUGUUGGCCAUUUUGUCGUGCUGUAUGGUUAGACAGCUUGCGACUCGUAUGAAUCCAUAUGUUGAUCGA